CAAUGUGGUCGAUUCUCCUAAUUCUGGCUGUGAACUUGGUCAGCGCUUGGGCGACGGACUAUUAUUUGCUAGUCGAAGAUCCCGAUGUCUAUUCCCCGUGUACUGAUGGUCCGCCUGGUUCGAUUAGCGUUAACGAAGCCUUCAACAUGGACAAUAUGGUUUUCGAUCAGGACGAAGAUGGCAUUCAUAUAUCUGGAAAUGCCACGGUCAAAUGGAGCCUUCCGCGCACUGAUCGCAUUUCCGCCCGUUUUAGUGUUAUGCAUCACACCCGGGGAACCUGGGAGCCUACUGUUAUAAGCCAGGUCACUCGGGACUUUUGUGCCGUCUUCUACCACCAGGAUCAGUACUGGUACAAAUACUGGUUCAAAAACGCUGCCAACCUAGAGGAGAUAAAAGAGAACUGCCUCGCAACAAAAGAUUCUGUGAUGAUAUUCAACCCGUUCAUUAUGCAUUUGCGACUAAAUAACAUCAAUGGAGCUUCUUUUCGCGGUCGCUAUAAAGCGGUGUUCCAUAUUGAAGCUUUUGACGAACACAACAAAAGGCGGCCGACAUCCCUGUGUUUCGAGUUCAGGGGAGAAGUUGAAAGGGUAAAAGACUAACUAUGUUUAGAAAACGUGUUCUUUGGAAAUAAAGAGAAAUGAGAGUUUAAA